AUGUCCAAGUCUUUGGGUAAUGGUGUUGAACCAGAGGAAAUUAUUGAAAAAUACGGGGCUGAUAGUUUGCGCUUAUUCCUUUUAGAAAAUAAUAUUCUUGAGAAAAAAGAAUUAAAAAAAAUUGAAAUCAGUGAAUUAGAAACCGAAUUAAGCAAGGAAAAUAAUAAAGAAUUGAAAAUAAUUAAUACUUGA